GGGAGCGUCACUGCGUCUGCCGCCGCUGUCAUUCGACUGCCGCACACUCCCGCGGCAGGAGGAGCGAGGAGGAAGGGAGGAGGAAAGGAGGACGCGAGGGAAGGAAGCGUGGAGGCAACAGCUGCAGGAAGGAGGUUGGAGAAUUUCUGCAAAGAGAAAACCUUUUUUUCCUGCAGGAUUUCUUUGUGCAGACCAGCGAGUGCCGUCGAGGCGAGGAACCGUUUUUUUUGUUGUUUUUUUUUUUUCCUUCCCUGCCUGCUGACGCUGGUCUGCUAGCUGUGAUGCAGGAGGCAUGCUGGGGAGUGUGAGGGCAGCGCUCACGAUGGAGAGCUCCAAGGCCUACGGCCAAGCGGACGGCAAGGCCCUGGGGGCCAAGAGGGCCAAACCCGGGGGGCCUCAGAGCGCCCAGCGGGGAGAACUCAAGGUCUACCGUGCGGGGAGUUCCGAGGGCAGGCUCCCGGUGGCCUCCAGCCUGCGCAAGCAGAGGUCCAUGACCAACCUGGCGGUGCUGACUGACGCGGAGAAGAAGCUGCACCUGUACGAGCCCAGGUGGUGCGACGACAUGGCCAAGCACGGCGGGCUGAGGAAGCCGGCCAAACCCGUGGCCAAGGUGGCGGGAGGCGGCGCCCCGCUUUCUCGAAACCUCUCCAAAUCGGAGCACUCCCUCUUCCAGGGAAAACCCAAGCCCUUCGCCCCUCUGGCCGCCCCCUCGGCCCCCGCCAAGCAGAGUCGGAUACCGCGGGCUCCGUUCGCAGAGGUGAAGCCCCUCAGCAAGGCCCCCGAGGACCCCAGGUCUGAUGACGAGAUCCUCUCCAGCAAGGCCAAGACCGCCACCAGGAAAGCGGGAGCCGGCGAGUCGGGCUCCAAGGGGCAGGGCGAGGAAGGAGGCGACAAAGCCUUCCUGAAGGUGGACCCCGAGCUUGUGGUGACGGUGCUGGGAGACCUGGAGCAGCUGCUCUUCAGCCAGAUGUUAGAUCCUGAGUCGCAGAGGAAGCGCACAGUUCAGAAUGUCCUCGACCUCCGCCAGAAUUUGGAAGACACCAUGUCGAGUCUGCGAGGCUCACAGCUCAGCCACAGCUGUUUGGAGAGCAGCAACGUGGCAUACGACAGCGACGAGACCAACGCCCGCAGCAUGUCCAGCCUCUCCAACCGCUCCUCGCCGCUGUCCUGGCGCCACGGCCAAUCUAGUCCUCGCCUCCAGGCGGGCGACGCCCCGUCCUCCACGGCGGGAGGAUACCAGGGGGUCAAGACCACCUGCCAGACCAUGCCCGCUCGCUGCUCGGGACGCCUCAGCAGCACGUCGCGCAUCGAGCUGCUGGACGGGCUGGAGGACGGCGAGCUGAAGUCCCGUUACCUGAGCGACAGUGACCUUCUGGGAAAGUGCCUCCCGGAUGACGAGGACAACCUCGCUAAUGGCUGGGAUGAAAGCAGCUCCAUCAGCAGUGGUCUCAGUGACGGUUCAGACAAUCUCAGCUCGGAGGAAUUCAACGCCAGCUCGUCCCUGGGCUCCCUUCCCAACACGCCCCUAGGGUCCAGACGCAACUCCUCAGUGAUGCUCCGCACCGACGCCGAGAAGCGCUCCCUGGUGGAGAGCGGACUCUCCUGGUACAGCGAGGACGGCAAAACGGGCCACAAGCCGGACGCCUGCGGGCCCUCGGACGCGGGCGGUCUCAAGACGGAAGCGGCCAGCAAGUGGAGGAAGAAGCCUCCCAGCCUGAGUGAGGACCUGGGGGCCAGAGGGGACCUGAGGAAGCCCCAGAGUUUGGGCGCACCGGGGAGCUUCAAGAAGAGCCGGAACCCUCCGGUGGGAGUGACCUCGCCCAUCACGCACACGUCUCAGAGCGUGCUGAGAGUAGCAGCGCCCAAGAGCGAGAAGCCCCAGGACAGGUCCAAGGUUUCCAUCAGGACUGCGGGUCUCCAGAGGUCACGGUCCGAUGCAGGCCGGGACCAUCACAUCAUGGAGCCCCGUAAGCCCCCUUCUGGUUUGCUCAAACCCACCACCGGCGCCUCCUUCGGAUACAAGAAGCCGCCCCCGGCCACUGGUACCGCCACAGUGCUGACAGCAGGGGGCAGUGCCGUCUCCGGGGGCUCUGCGACUGUGGGGAAAACUCCCAAGUCCACGGGCAUCCCGGUGAAGCCCAUGGGGGGCCGCAAGAACAGCUUUGACGCCAGCAGCGAGCAGAGUUUUCUGGGGCCGAAUGCCCGAAACAGCAUCCAGUACCGCAGCCUUCCUCGGCCCGCCAAGUCCAGCACGCUCAGCGUGAUCGGUCGCCCGGCAUCCCGACCUGUCAGUAGCACCAUCGAUCCGAGUCUGUUGACUCUGAAACCGGUCAGCAUGGCCUUAGCCAAUCCACGCGUGAAAGAACCUUCCGCUUUUGGCGGUAAAAUGUCGAAUCGGACAUUCGCCGGCCCCGUCAACCAGACGGACAGAGAGAAGGAGAAGGCCAAGGCCAAAGCUGAUAUGGACUGUUGCUCGCUCAAAGGGGACCAGGUCGUGUCCGAGUCCUCACGGGAGUCUGUGGUGAAACUGCACGGCUUGAGACGGACCAGCAGCAGCAGAUAUCCUGAACUGUCAUCACCCACAACACCCAGGAUGUUGGCCAAGGGUCCUCUGGGUCGUCCCCCCAGCUUGGCUCACCUGGACAAGGUCAACUCCAACAGCCUGGACUCCUGCGUGACUAUUCAGGACCUCCCACCCAAAGUUCCCCCUUACUCCAAGCUCCAGGACCUGGCGGGCUCCCACUCGGCGGCCCGCCUGACCCCCAGCCCGGCACCCGUGCUCCACAUCGACUCCCCCAGCUCCUACACCUGCGAGAGCCUGGGAGCUUCACCUCUGCUCUACCCCAAACUGUCCAGCGUGCACCGCAGCAUGGAGUCUCUGCCCCUCCAGAUGAGCGUGGCCUCCUGUGCCAGGAUGGCCUCCGCGGAGAGGGGUGCGGGGACUUGGGGCGCCGGCAGCAGGACAUCCCUCAACAUCUUGGAAGGGAUGCAGGUGGACCGGAACACGUUGCCCAAGAAAGGCUUGGAACGCUGCGGCUCCAGCUUGUCGGACAGUGACGGCACCAAACCCGGCAGACGACACUCCCACAAUGUCAGCACCAGUGAGAGCCCACCUCAGCUGCCUUCACCCCCCCGCCCACGGCACCUCCUCCACAGCACCCGAGCCCCUCUCACCAACGUGGUGGCCCCAAUCUCGUCGGGCCCUCAGAGGAUGUCACGCUCCAACAGCAUCGGGCCCCCCAGCGACUCCGCCUGCGAGCUGUUUGGCUCCUCCCCCCUGGGCAGCAGCAUGUCCCUGGCCGACAGGCCCAAGAGCAUGAUGCGUUCAGGGUCUUUCCGGGAACCAGCAGACGACGUGCACGGAUCUGUUCUCUCUUUGGAGUCCAACGCUUCGUCCAACUACUCUACCGAGGACAAGGUCCAAGGAGAGCAAAUCCGCAGCCUGAGACGUGAGCUGGAGUCUUCACAGGAAAAAGUGGCCGACUUGACCAUGCAGCUGACUGCUAACGCGAACCUGGUAGCUGCUUUUGAACAGAGUCUGGCACUGAUGACUGCUCGUCUGCAGACCUUGUCUGUGUCCUCAGACCAGAAGGAUUCUGAACUGAAUGAGCUGAGGGAGACCAUUGAGAUUCUGAAGACCAAGAACACAGAAGCCCAGGAACUCAUUCACGGGGCUCUCAAUGACUCUGAGCUGGCAUCUAAAGAGCUGCAGAUCAAGCGUCACAACUCGUCAGAGAGCAUCUGCAGCCUCAGCAGCACCACCAGCCUCUCCAGCCUGGGCAGCCUGAAGGAGCAGGAGGCCAAGAAGAAGAAGAAGAAGAGCUGGUUACGCAGCUCCUUCAACAAGGCCUUCAGCAAGAAGGGCUCCAAGCAGUCGGGGCCCUACGCUGACAUCCAGGAAAUCGCCACGCCGGAGUCAUCAGCCCCCUCCUCGCCCAAAGUCCACCGUGACGGAGGUGACCCUCCGUCAUCCUCCAUGAAGACCUCCGCGUCGUCGUCUGGACUCCAUGAGGAGGGCGAGCCGGAGGACGACAAGGUCGUGUCCACCCUGAGAUCAGAACUCUGGGAGAAGGAAAGGAAACUGACUGACAUCCGCCUGGAGGCUUUAAGCUCCGCCCAUCAGCUGGAGCAGCUGCAGGACACCAUGACCAGCAUGCAGAGGACGGUGGAGAAUCUGAAGGUGGAGAACGACCAACUGAGGACCAGCGGGGGGUCGCCCUGCUCGUCUCCUGGACCCUCAAGCUCCGCCUCCCAGUCCUCGGGUCUCACGUCGCUCUGCGGUUCUUCACCGCGACAGUCGGUAGCCGUGGCUAAAGGCUAUGGCAGAAGGCUGAGUGACGGAACCAGCGCAGAUUCCAGCGAGUACGGCGGCCUGUCCUGGCAGAGGGAUGACCACCGGGUCAGGGUGGUGGUCUGCGUGGCCCAGUUCCACGUCUUGAAAGAUCAGGAGGUCAAGCAGACUCAUCUGUUCCUCGGCACUGUCAGGGUCAACGGGAGGAUGGACUGGACCAUGCUGGACUCGGCCGUCAGCCAGGCCUUCAAGGUUUACAUUGCCAAAGUGGACCCCACCUCCAGUCUGGGCCUGUCCACAGACUCCAUCUUCACUUACAGUAUCGGACACAUCAAGAGGGUUCUGGGGGGGGACGCCCCCGAGACGCAGCCCUCUCGCUGCGUGUCCCGAGGACCCGGCGGGAUCACCGUGGCGCUGAAAGGCCUGAAGGAGAAGUGCGUGGACAGCCUGGUCUUUGAGACCCUCAUACCCAAGCCCAUGAUGCAACACUACAUCGGCCUGUUACUCAAACACCGCAGACUCAUCCUCUCCGGGCCCAGCGGGACGGGCAAGACCUACCUGGCCUCCCGCCUGGCGGAGUACCUGGUGGACCGCAGCGCCCGCGGAGUCUCUGACGGCAUGGUGGUGACCUUCAACAUGCAUCGCCAGUCGUGCAAGGAUCUGCAGCUCUAUCUCUCCAACCUGGCCAAUCAAAUCGAUCGAGAGAGCAGCUCGUCCGAAAACCCUCUAGUCAUCAUUGUGGACGACAUUCAUGACCCGGCUUCAGUCAGCGAGCUGGUGAACGGGGCGCUCACCUGCAAAUAUCACAAAUGUCCGUACAUCAUCGGGACCAGCAACCAGCCAGUGAAGAUGACCGCCAACCACAGCCUGCACCUCAGCUUUAGGAUGGUGACCUUCUCCAACAAUGUGGAGCCAGCCAACGGCUUCUUGGUCCGAUACCUCCACAGAAAGCUGAUGGAGUCUGAAGAUGAGAGAUGCUUGACCAAUGAGGACCUGAUCCGGGUGCUAGACUGGGUUCCCAAACUGUGGUAUCACCUGCACACUUUCCUGGAGAAGCACAGCACAUCUGACUUUCUCAUUGGACCCUGCUUCUUCCUAUCCUGUCCAGUCACGGUGGAGGAGUUCCGAUCAUGGUUCAUUGACCUAUGGAACCAUUCUAUCAUUCCCUACUUGCAGGAAGGAGCAAAGGACGGCAUAAAGUUACACGGCCAGAAAGCGGUAUGGGAGGACCCUGUGGAGUGGGUAAGGGACACGCUGCCUUGGCCUUCUGCCCAGCAGGACCAGGCUAAGCUGUCCCACCUUCCUCCCCCAAGCAUCAGCUCCAGCAGUCCCGGUCAGUCCGGCGAGGAGAAGUCUCGUAAGGAGACGACGCCAAGCUCUGUGGAAUCAGAUCCGCUGAUGGCAAUGCUUUUGAAGCUUCAAGAGGCUGCCAAUUACCUGGAAUCACCGGACAAAGACGAGCCCAGCCUGCCGAGACUGUGACCAAGCUUACACUUUAACCGUCAUACUUCAUAUCAAAACUUCACAGUCAUUAUUACUUGUCUGCUGUAAAAACGGUACACUGCACAUUCAGGAAUCCUAAGAAAGGGUUGCAAGUUUCAUUCCUACAAUGGAAGGUCAUGCAGUUUUUCCAAGAAGGUAUAGCAAUUGAAAAACAGAUUACAUACCCGAUUCUUUUCAGGUUCCUCUUUAUCCUCAGUCCUCUUCUUAGAUUGGUGCUAAUAGUUUAAGAUGAAACACUUCAGGUGAUGUCUCAAACAGUGCAUCAUGGGAUACGUCAGCUGUUCUCACACGCGGUACUGUAUGGUGCCCGUCUGGAAACCCAAGAAAGAGUAUGACAGCAUGAUGGAAGUUGCUCAACCGUGUCCUUCGCUUAGCUUCACAUUAUGCAAUCCUCAACGUUCCAACCAGAGCAGGUAAAACUCAAAUUCAGAAAACCAAAACAAGUUGCCUUAAAAACACAAAUGUCUGCAUCACCACAACUUAAGCAGCUCACACCGGUGCUUACAUCAUUUCAACCAGCUUGUCUAGUUUCAGGUUGUUAGCUGGUCCAUGGAGGCAUUCAGAGACUGGCCAUUGCUGUCAUACUCUUUUUGAUGCCAGCUGAUCACUGCACUGUACUCUUCCAGCACUACAGUAUUUGCUUCACCGUCAAGUGUGGAAUAUCACCAUUGCUGCCAUGUACACUAUACUAAGUAUUCUGACUGGAAUGACUUCACCAGGAUGAUGACACAGUUUGAAUCCCCGUAUUUGAAACUAGAUGCUGAAGGAGUAUUAGGGCCACACUGAAAAGAAAAAAGAGAAUAGUCACAGUUAGGUAGCAUGCAUUCGAUCAGGAUCUUGACAAUCUAAGUCUAAGACUACAUGUGACCAAUCUAAGUAUAAGACUAGAUCCGCUCAAUCUAAGUCUAAGAAUAGGUCUGGCCAAUUUAAGUCUAAGACUAGUUCUGGCCAAUCUAAGUUAAAGUUAAAGUUAAUGUACCAAUGAUUCAAAUUAUUCUCUGCAUUUUACCCAUCACGCUUGAUCACCCCCUGGGAGGUGAGGAGAGCAGUGAGCAGCAGCUGUGGCCUCUCUUUUUGGUGAUAUAACCCCCAAUUCCAACCCUUGAUGCUGAGUGUCAAGUCUAAGACUAGAUCUAAUUAUUCUAAGUCCAAGACUAGUUCUGAAUAACCGAAGUCUAAGACUAGAUUUGACCGAUCUAAUUCCCAAGCUUCUGACCAAUUUAAGUCAAAGACUAGAUGUGACCAAUCUAAGUCUCAGACUAGAUCAGCCUAAUUGAAGUCUAAGACUCGAUUUGACCAAUCCAAAUCUAAGACUAGAUCAGACCAAUCUAAGUCCAAGACUAGAUCAGACCAAUUUAAGGCUAAGACUAAAUGGGACCAAUCUAAGUCUAAGACUAGAUGGGACCAAUCUAAGUCUAAGAAUAAAUGUGACCAAUCUAAGUCGAAGACUAAAUGUGACCAAUCUAAGUCUAAGAAUAAAUGUGACCAAUCUAAGUCGAAGAAUAAAUGUGACCAAUCUAAGUCGAAGAAUAAAUGUGACCAAUCUAAGUCGAAGACUAAAUGUGACCAAUUUAAGUCUAAGACUAGGUUGGACCAAUCUAAGUCUAAGACUAGGUCUAACCAAUGGUCAUGAACUGAUGAAGUCUAAUUGGAUGAGAGACCAAACGUCUUGUAAGACAAACCAAACAGUCCAGUUGCUGUGCAUUAAAUGUCCUGAGACUACAAUGACCUGGUGAAUGAGACCGUCCAUAGACAUAGCUUGCAUUAUCUAGACCGUACAGAUGGAACAUAAAAUGUACCAGUUAGGCAGUGCAGCGAUUAAGUAAUGCAAGUUGCAGAAUCUGUUUAAUAAAGUUUACCAACUCUACUAAUAAAGCUAGUAGAGUUGGUAUGGUCUGGUAUGGUAUGGUACCAUUGACAAGCUGGAAAGUUCAGCGGGUUACAUGGUCGGCUACUACGUAACGCUUUAUUGAUCCCAUAUUUUGGAUUCUUGUUGCUUAAGGAGGCUAACACAUGCUAAAUAAAAUGCUAACGCGAGCUGUUAAGAUUAGCGAAUAAAGUUGCUAGAAGUUAUUGAUUGUCAAAGUUUUUCGAUCAACAAUUACUAAAAUAUCAUAAGGUAAGAUUUUUUUUGUACAUGUUUUCGAGCUCCACUUUUUGCUGAUAAAACCGUAGCAAACAAAAAUCCAAGGACUUAUUUUUUCCACAAGUGUGUCCCUAAUACUAAAGUGCAGGCCCAGGAGGAUUUUUAGUGAGAUCGGGUACCGAAACCUAAACAUUGUUCUGAGUCACGUCCGUCACAAAUGAAUGUAGAUCAAAGGUGAAGUUUGACGAAGUUUGCCACUCCAAAAAUUUUAACGCUCAUUAAAAAGUCGAGUCGGGCGAGUUUAAACCGACUUUGCCAAAAGAAUCGUGGUGCUUUUCAACGUCGUCACAAAAUGUUUGUCGUGUUCAUGCAACAAUUCAGGGGAGUUUAGGGAGAAGGUUGAAACAAUUCUUUUUUUAGGAUCUUGACCACAUUUCUAGAAGUUGGCGUCACGUGAGACUCAGUGCGAUGUAUGACCGUGUCGAUGUAUUUGUGUCACAUGACGUCUGUGACCAUUCCACUCUAAGGUGCUCCAUGUCGUCGUUCUUCAUUAGUAACCAGACGUAACGUAGAAACGUGUCCUUAUUGUUCUAAGAUCGAAAGGACUCAUUAGAUGACAACUCGAUAAGUUAUCUCGAUAAGAUGAAUCAAACGCUUGCUGCUUUUUUUUAAAUUUACAUCUCAAAAUAACUCGGAGUAACUCUGUUUUUAGAAAAUACCAAAAUGGAGUUACCAUACAAAAAAUGUGGGUUAAAAUCUUGUGUAGCAAAGAUGAGUUGAACAGUGAUCACCCAAAGUGUGGUUUUACAUUUUUGUAAAUAGAAAGGACUAAUCCAUGAUCUGAAGAUUGUCAUUGUCGUGCUCGUCCUAGCUGAAACUGAGGUUUGCGUCAACGUGAGUCCGGACUAGACUUCUGUUGGUGUUUGUCGGAAACAAAUAUUCUUCUGUGUUUGACGGGAUGGAACGGAGAGCCUUAACGUUGGGGGCGGGGCGCUGUGUUGGAGACAGGGUAUCACGGAAAGACACGGUCUGGAUGUAGUGGCCGGGUGAAUCCUCGGCUCACGGUCAUGGUUGUCAUUUCAAUCCCAAAAACUGCACUUGUGUGGAUUUCGCAGAAGCCUUGUUGGAUUGUCCUAUUUUCUGAGAAACGUGUUAACUGAUCGGUAAAUGUAGAACUAAGAUGUUAUGAGAGGGUUUUACGUGUUGUAAAUGCAUGUUAACAUGACUUGCUUUUUUUUAAUACCCUGAUAUUUGAUAUUCCUCUUUGUUUUUUAAAGACUCCUUUAUAAAAGGUUACGUUCUCUAUUUUCUACGGACAUCCUUGUAAGGAUUGUAAAUAUGGCAGCAUUCUGGAUGACGCAACAAUCAUCGGAGAGGGUUCAGACUCGGGUCCGAUAAGAACAAUAACAAAAGUAUUAAGGCGGCCUCCAUGCAUUCAUCAACACGUCACUUUUUAUUUGGAUCAAUAAAGUUCAUGUUAUAUUUCACCAUC